ACAAUCUAUAAAAUAGUCAAUCCGCAUUGAGCACAAGUCAGUUUAUAGAAACAACACGUUCUUUCAGUACACGUUUGAUCAGUUCAGAGGAAAUGACUUUGAAAAUUAAAAGUUUGAUAAUCUUGGGACUGGUAGUCUUGUGCCAGGCUAAUUAUACCGAAAAACAAGAACAGAUGUUAGAUGAUAUCGCUGAGCAGUGUGGUAUGGAUAUGGGUAUAAAAUUAAACGACGACUUUGUGCAACUGUUCAAAUUCACUGGAGACUUACCGAAUGAUGACGACUCGCAGGAAUUUAUUACUUGUGCCCUACACAAGAUAGAUGCGGUGGACGAGGACGGAUAUGUCAUAGCUGAUAAGUUUGUUGACUUUGAGUCCGAUGGUCAUGACCUUGACGCCGUAAAAGAGGUGGUUGAGAAAUGUGCCAAAGUCGAGGGAGACAGCGUCAAUGAAAGAGGAUACAACUUCUACAAGUGCUUUUGGGAUGAGAAGAAGUAUGAAAUCUAACGCGUAGAUGAAAAAAAAGAAUUCCAAAAAUAAGAAUGAAGUUUCGUGAAUAGUUUUGUUGCAAUUAUACACGAGUAAAUAUCAAGUGACAAGAAAACAUGUGAAUUUUUUUCCAACAUUUAAAAUUAAAACCAACGUUUGACUUUAAUGUGCUUUUCUAAAAAUGAAAAAGUUACUGCUGAAUCAGGCUUUUGCUACACUUCAAGUUAGUCAUUUAAACACUACCUUCUACAGAUCCACAAAAAUACAUCCGUUUUACAUUCGCCCAUUUUAGAAAUCCGUCUGGAAUCGAAUUGGCCUCUUUAUCCGAGCCCAACAAACAUGUGCAAAGUUUCAUCCAAAUCGUAAUAUGUAGAGUUCGAUGAGUUACUACCCGAUAACUCGAAUUGCUCAUUAUCGAAAUAAGUUUAUUCGCGUGAAUUAAACAGAAUUUCAACAAAUCUGGCUUCCAAAAAAAAAUUGAUUCGAAGAUAGCGAGUGUAAAUGUUACGGAUGUUAGAACGCUGUCAAGUAAGAAUACAAAAUUUAAUGUAAUGAUAA